AAAUAAUGGAUGACCAAUCUUGGCAAGAGGUGUAUGAUUUCACUAGCAGUUCAGCAAGCAAAAUCCCCACACCCACGGGUACUCUUUCCACAAUUUCGGAACCCAUCUCUGCGAUUAAUCUCAAAGAUGAUCAAGAUUUACGACCCAUUGAUCUUACUCUAGCAUUUCAGAAUCCACCUAUAGAAGGCAGAAAAUUCCUAAUUCGAACUCGGGAAGAGCCACACCGCAUCCUUACUGUUUGCAAUGGAAACGUGAGAUGCUUACUCCAGCCUAUUCCUGGCGGCGGCAGCAUCUGGCAUUGUCAUAAGAAAUUCGGCUGGCUUGGCCUCCGCAACACUGUCUCUGGCACGUAUCUUGGUCACGACAACGACGGCACAAUCUGCGCGAAACGGGCUUCCCACUGGAUAAACGAAUAUCUCACGGUAGAUAGGGAUGAGAGUGGUGGUCAAAUAUUACACGUAUUAGUGAAAUCCACGACGACAAUGGGCAUUGAACGAAUAGAACGAAUGCAAGUGUGCCUCUCGGAAGAUGGGAAAUCAUUGGUCCCACGGAAAGAAGGGGGGGCGGUCUGGGAUUUCAUUGAUCUGAAGUAUUACCAGCAGUCUUCAUCACUUGUGUAUCCCGGCAUGAAACCUGAGAAAUUACGAUGAGAUUUUCCUCUGUGUGUUUUGUUCAAAUAUUUAUAAGUACUAUGUGUAUAAUACGAGAAUUUAAGAGAGAUUGAAAUUUCAUAAAAUUUUGCUAAGAGUCAAG